AUGGCAACGAACAUCACCACGUCGGAUGCGCCCGACCCGCGGGCCGCCGAGCUCGCCAACGCGACGACGUCUCACCGACAGGGCAACUUCGUCAUCUCGACGCGCAAGCUGCCCAUAUCGAAGGCGGGCCCCAUCGAGGCGAUGGAGAAGGACCUGGGCAUCCCGGUGCCGGAGAUGAUCUUCGGCGACAACGUCAUGGCCGUGGAGCACGCGCCCAGCAGGUGGCGGCUCGAGUUCAACGCGCGCAACGCCCUGGACGGCGUCGACAAGACGGGCGAGCAGAUGCUGCAGGUGGCGCACGCGUCGAGCUGGAGCGCGAGCCGAGAGCAGACGAGCGCGGGCAUCAAGGAGGUCGUCAAGCCGUUCGACUGGAGCUACACGACGACGUACAAGGGUACAGUGAUCGUCUCAGGGGGCGGUGCUGGUGAAGGGCAACACAAUCACGAACGCGGCCCUAACUGGACGGGCCAAUUCCAACCCGACGACACGCCGAUCCCGAUCGAGCUGCUCAAGCGGCGCGACCCGAUCCUGUUCAACGACGAGGUCGUGCUGUACGAAAGCGAGCUGGACGACAACGGCGCGAGCGUCAUGACCGUCAAGGUGCGCGUCCACGCGCAGCGCAUGCUGCUGCUGUGCCGCCUGUUCAUGCGCCUCGACAAUGUCGUCGUGCGCGUGCGCGACACGCGGGUCUAUGUCGACUUUGAUAGCGAGACGGUGCUGCGCGAGGUCACCUGGAAGGAGGGCCGGUUCGAGGACGUCAAGCAGAGACUCCUCGGCCGGGGCAUACGACCCGAGGGCUUCGCGGCGGCGCUGCGUGAUUCCAGCCAGGUCGCCGAGAUACUCCCCACAGUGAACAUGUGGAAGGACAGCGUCAUGUUGAUGCCAUAG